AUGUCGAAAUUCCUCCUUUCGAUGCUCGAGAGCCGCGCCUUUUGGUGGGACAUCAUACGCUACAACAAGGGACGCUUCACCGUGCUGGUCCUGAUCCUCGGAGAGACUGGAUACAACAAGGCUCGCGGCGGGCAGCAGCCAGAUCCAGCGGCCACGGCGGCAAAGCGGACGCCGCAGAUUUACAUCACCGCGCCGCAGCCGGAGACGGCUGCCUCUCUGGGCGAGAUUGCUCGGAGAAAGCGCGCCGCGUCGAGAGCCGUCUCUGACCCGCUCUCGCAGUACAGCCACGCGAUGCUGGCCUCGUACCGCGGCUCGGGGUGUGGCGGCGGCGACGACAGGCCUCGGUCGGAGCGUGCUUGA